AUGAGGCCACGCCAGUGCCCUGAGUGUGGGAAAACAUAUAGUAGUUUUGCACAUAUGAAAAGGCACAUGACGGUGCAUACUAGUGAUAAAUGUCACGAGUGCCCAGAGUGUGGGAAAACAUUCAGUCGUCUUGAGAGUGUAAAGAGGCACACGCCGGCAUGCACGGGUCAUACACCUCAGGAGUGCCCAGAGUGUGGGGAAACACUAAGUGACCCGGGUGAUAUGAGGAGUCACAGGAUGGUGCAUGUGGGUCAUAAACCCCACAGGUGUGCAAUGUGUGGGAAAACAUUUAGUCAACUUGGAGAAAAGAAGGUUCACAUGAUGGUGCAUUGGGGAGAUGAACCUCAUGAGUGCUCAGAGUGUGGGAAAACAUUUUGUGAUAUUGAUGAUGUGAAGAUUCACAAGUUGGUGCAUAAGGUUAUUAAAUCUAACGAGUGUCCAGAGUGUGGGAAAAAAUUCAGUCAACAUGGAAAUAUGAUGAUUCACAGCAGGGUGCAUACAGGUAUUAAACCUCACAAGUGUUCAGAAUGUGGGAAAACAUUUAGCCAACUCGGAAAUAUGAAGAUUCACAGGAUGUUGCAUACAGGUAUAAAACCUCACAAGUGUCCAGAAUGUGGGAAAACAUUUAGCCAGCUUGGAAAUAUGAUGACUCACAGGCUGGUGCAUAUAGGUGAUAAACCUCACAGGUGUCCAGAGUGUGGGAAAGCUUUUAGUCAUCAUUCUACUGUAAAGAGACAUAUGAUGGUUCAUGCAGGUGAUAAAUCUCAUGUGUCCAGAGUGCCAGAAAAUGUUUAG